AUGCUUCCAGUCGAGGAUAUUAUCCGCAUAGCAGUCCGCGAAACGGAUGCUCCGGCCGUUGGCGAGGACUACGCCGCCAGCGUCCAGGCCGCCCUCGAGCAUCCCGAGUCUCUCACAUCAGAUCCCCGAGUACAGCAAGGACAGCAAGGCGCUCGACGUUGUUCGCUUCCGCGCCCUGCUCCAGGACACGGGCUUCCCGGCCGAAGUGUACCAGGACUCGAAUGGCGGGCUCGCCGAGCGCUGGAUCGGAUGGGGCGUCGAGACUGGACCCGGUCUUCAAACUCUGGGGGUUUGGCCGCGCAGGCGAUGGAGGGACUCAGCCUGAACGACUCUGCAGCCUCAACGCAGACACCCGACAAGCACCCCCUCAGCGCACUCGGGCACAAGGCCCCCGCAGCGCUGCUGAAGGUGUACGACGCGGAGGUGUCUUACCGCCCCGCGUCCGUGCUCGACGUGAUCGGUAUCGUGUCCCAGGGCAUGCUCCCUUCUUUCGACGACGGCGACGCCCCCCUCGUCCCCGCCGUUCACGUCCUCAAUGCCACAGUGCUCGAUGCGCCGCACGCUGCCACGCCGACCGACGCCGCCGCCCGGCAGAGCCUCGUCGAGCACCUGUCCCGCGCCUUUGAUCCGCCUGAUGCGACGGCCGGCGAGCUGCUCCUCCUCUCCCUCCUCGCGCGCCCAGACGUGAGGCAGGGUGUGGCACUGGGCCAGCUCAAUCUCAACGUCAUCCGCCCCAAGAACGGGAGCUCGCUGAACGCGCACCUCGCCCCCCUGACGCCGGCACUGGUCAACCUCCCCCUCUCACUUGAUCUGCUGCACCGCGCUCCGUUCCGCCCGAAAUCGGAUGGCGCCCUGCUUUCUCCCGGUCUCCUCCAGCUUGCCCCCGGCACACUCCUGCUCGUGGACGAGGACGCGCUCGGCGAGGGCGAGCUGCAGGAACGCGCCGUGCGCAACCUCCAGGCACUCUCCGAGCUGCUCGCAGAGCAGAACCUGACGUACGAGUACCCCUACUCGUCCGGCGUGCGGAUCCCGACCUCGAUCCGCGCGCUCGUCGAGAGCGAGGGCCGCUCGCUCCUCCCCGUCGACGCCGCGCUGCCCGCCACACUCUCAACCACCGUCCAGGCACCCUCCGAAGACGAUCUGGCCAGGUGGCGCGCCUACCUCGCACACCACAGUAGUUCCGCGCACGCCGCGACGUUCAGCAUGCCCGACGCCGUGGCCACGAUGAUCCAGGACGAGUUUGUGCGCGAGCGCCAACAGGGCGGCGCGGGGAGUAUAGAGAAGGCCGAGGCACGCCUCAAGCUCAGGAUGAAGCUGGCCCGGCUGCUCACGCUCAGCGAGGGGAGUGAGGUCACCGAGCCUGUCUGGCGGAGGGCGGUCGAGCUAGAGAACGAGAUCGAGAGGAGGAAUGCGGAGCGCGAGGCGAGGAGGAGGGAGAACACGCAGGGGAGGACGCUGGGACAGCCCUCGCAGACGGCGGCGACGCCUAAUGGCUCGGCGGAGCAGCCUAACGGAGAGCCCACGGCGCAGUAG